AUUGACUUUUAUUGCUCUUCUCUUGUCUAGGCAUUAAUGAACAGAUUCCUAAGCUUAUUGCAGGUAACAUACUGAGUUAUGGUGAAUUCUUGUGCUUUAUACCCCUUCUGGUGAUGUUGAUUUAAGGUUCGGUUGCUCCCACAUGUGCCUUGAUUUAUUCAUUGCUUUAAAAUUAGUGCACUUUGUUACAACUCCUAGAAAUCUUCCCUAUUUGCUCUGUUGUGCUUCUUAAAGCAUAUAUGGCUUUAAAAAUUGAUUAAUUUUUCAUUUAUACUACUGAUAGUUAUCUUGAAUAUCUCUUUUUGUAACAUCCAAGUUUUCGAGCUACAUGUUUGUUAUCAUUAAGAUUCAGGUUAUGAAUAUAUGCUGCUCUUGCUCUCUGUAUAUAUGUAUAUACAUUAUAGAUAGCUGGAGUAUCUGAAGCUGACACAAAAUACAUUGUUCUUGUAGUUCUUUGUUGGAAGAAUGAAGUUGGCUUCUUGGUAUUUGUUUUUAACGUUUGGUGGUUUAAAGCUGUUUAUUUAUUUAUUACAUUAUUUGCUGAUAGAUCUACAUUAAGAUUGUGCCCCAGAUGUUAUGAAGAUGCAAGCUGGGCUGGUUUGCAUCAAUUAAUUGAGUUUCUUGUUGCGUAGAAUCUCAACUUAGAUCCAUGAAUUUUUGUUUGGUAUCCUGAUCCUCAUUGUUUUCCUGUUGCUUCAUAUUCCUAUUCAGCAUAAAUGGCUUUGCAUUCCCUUUGUUGAAAAUAAUGCUGCUAAAUGCUAAACACUAAAGAGUAAACAUAGCGUGAACAGAGUUUGUUUCACAGAUGUCUACAUCUCUCUAUAUUCCUGUUCUAGCUACAACUUAUCUCUACAACAGAAAAGACUGGAGCACACUUCGUGGAAGGCUUCAAGGAUCACGAGCCGCUGCUCUGAGGAGUUCAUCGACAAGUAGCAAUUUAAGAGGCUUCGGAGUUCCUUCGGCUCCUCCAUCCUUUUGGACGUGAUAACCUCUAUCAUUGACACCUUGAAGUCCCCCUUGGGGUCAUGAGACCUCCUGUCCAUGGCGAUCAACAAAGUGCACCUACUUUUGCUUGUUUCGGCUACCGCAGAGUUCAUUCUCCUCUGGUGGCGCACGCCUGGAUCCCAGUGAUGGCUGAUCAUCUGCUCCAGCCGGGCCUGCACCAUGCCAUGCGCGAGGCUGGACAGUGCUUCGCGCUGAGCAGAGUCAUUGGAGCUCCUGAUGCCGCUGUUGGAGGAGACACUAAGCCUGGAGCUGCAGCAAAAGCAUCCACUGGAGUGGUGCCUGCCGCUCCUCUUGGAAAAACAGAAUGCGCCAUGCCUGAUGUCGUUGGUUCAUCUUUGGGGGAGAUCAUGAAGCAGAAGGUAGGCAGCAAGUAGCUACAAUUGAGUGAGGGAAAUCAUUAGCGCUCUGCUUCAGUCAGUGUGCUGAGUAUGGCUGCAGAUUUGGCGUGUGUGGGAGCAUCUCUGGCAAAGGCCAACAGUUCAGAUCAGAUUGGUCCCUUGUGUUUGGCUUCAGAAAGAGCUACAAUCUUAUGAAAGGCUUCCGUAUAGAAUUUGAAACUCAUGCCGCAUGAAAGAAACAUAUAUAAAAAAUGUAUAGAAUAUGUAUACUCGUAAACAUGAGAAUGGUGAAGGGGAGUCUUGGCGUAACAAUAAAGUUGUUAUUUCGUAAUCAAAAGGUCACGGGUUCGAAUCUUGGAAACAGUCUCUUGUAAAAAGUAAGGUAAGACUGUGUAUAAUGGAUCCUUCUCCGGAACCCUGCAUAACGAGAGUUUUAUGUAUCGGACUCUCCUUUUUUAUAAAUAUGUGAACAGUGAAGCCAUGAUUGCCCGGCCAUGACCAUGAACAAGUUGUGUCCAUCCAAGUUGUGUC